CACCACCACCCACGCGCUACCUACAACAUUUCAUGACCUGUAAUUCUUUUAUCCUCUCCAGUUGAAUAAUACUUUUUCAUUCUCACUACAAUCUUUCUUCUUAUCACUGCGACCGAACUCCAAAACCCCAACCAUGGCCACGAAGCCAGACCCUGUCCCCAUGGACAUUGACUCAUCCGACAUGGACGACGAUCCCAUCACCGCCUCGUACCCCGUCUUCCUCAACCCAGCGCUCCCUCUCGGCCGGCGCCUCCUCGUUCUCCAGCACCCCAAUCACAGCGACGAAGCCGCGCGGUCGGCGCCCACCGAACUCCGUCUCAAGGCCGAGUCCGGCAUGGUCGAGGUCGACGUCCCCCUCGACUACAACAAGGCCUACGACAAGGACAAGGGCCUCAAAUGGGGCCGCACGCUGCAGCAGUCCAUGACGACCAAGAACGGCGGCAGCCACGGUCUCGCGGGCGGCUUUGGCUUCGGCGCCGUCCAGCAGCGCGGCGCGGCCGGCCGCCGCAGCAGGGCCGAUGGCAUCGAUGACGACGAUCUGAUUGAUUGGAACGAGGCGGUGCGUCAAGACAAGAUUCUCCGCACGCAGACGCUUGGUGGGCAGUACCCGGAGACAGAUGAGGUGCAGUACAUGGUUGGCGUGUUCCAAGGCAAGGACCUCCAUCUCACCCCUGUCUCGACCCUCGUCCACCUCCGCCCGCAACUGCACCAUCUCGACGCAACUACACAGCUGGAGCGCCAGGCCACAGCGUCAUCUGCCGGUAAAGAGGGCCUGCCGAACGGCUCCUCGUCCACAGGCCAGCCGGGCUCGUCGGCAGCCGGCCCACGCGCCAUCCACAUGACCAUCAAGACGACGGCGGACGGCGAGACAACUACCACAGAGACGAUUGCGGACCGUCUGCGCUCUGUGCAGUCUGAGCCGUGGCGUAAGAUGAAGUAUACGGAUGAGAACGAGGAGGCUGCGUGGGAGGUAUACAAUGAGAGCUUGUUCCUGACGAACCCGGAAGAAGCAGCCGUAGAAGAAGACGAUAAGGGCAAGGCUGUUGCGGUUGAGAAGGACCUGAGCGAGCAUGUCCCCAGCUUUAGCGCCACGUGGGAGGAGCAGCGCCAUCUUGAGGCUGUGAGCGGCUUCAAGAAGCCGGAAAAGGUGGUUGUGGUGCCCGAUGAGGAGAAGGAGAAGGAGCCGGUCAAGGAGGAAGAGAAAAAGCCUGCGCCGGCGGCGACGACGCGGAGGAGAGGCGGCGCGGCGGUUGGAACAAGACGUGGUGGGCGCAAGUCGUCGACGGCGUAAGCACUGACUGGGCGGUGUUUUGUAUUUUAUAGCAUAGCGUUUUUACGGUGAAUCAUGAGAAUUUCUGGGCACAAGCACAGGCACAAGAUUAAGAAAAUGGGAGAGAAGUGGUGGCAGGAUAGAAGACUCAGCUUCUAUUAGUUGUAUUUACAUCAACAUGAAAUGAUAAUAUAAUACCCCAUCUGUCUAUCUAUCCGAACCCAUGGCCCUUUUCGAUGCCGACCCAAAGCAAUGAAAGAGACCAUCCCCGUACAUAUGAUUUUUUGGUGGCGCCUCCAGAUAUGCAUAUAUACCUAGAAAGCAUAGUGCCCGUCCAUGAUAAGGCUAGCUUCCCACAGCUAAUGGCCUGUCCUAUAGAUCGGUAAUUGUCCCGCUGCCGAGCAGUUAAAAAUCUCGUCGGCGUAGCUGGGCAAGGAACGUAAUGUUCCUUGAGGUUCGCGUUGUUAAAAAAUAGCGACCUGUAUGUGAGGUUGAUACAGACCUCGCCUGUUGUUAUUUUUGGAGAUGAAAAGCAAAUUGCACUAAUUCGAAAAACAAGAAAAAGCAGAAAACAUGUGUCGUGCGAGAUGUAAACGUCCUCACAAGGAGGCUGUAGUCGUCAUUCUUCCCAUCGUAUCAAAGGCCCCGACAAAAGACAAAGACUGAAAAAAAAACAGCAGAAACUAGAAAUGCAAGAGCAAGAAAUGUCAAAAACUCUAAAUCAAGACGAUACGAGGUCUUCUACUGGAGAAGCUCGACGUCGAGGCCAAUGGCGCGCAUAAACAGGUUGACGCUGCUGAGGCGCUCGGCGGCCAUGGCGGGAGGAAGGGUCUUGGAGAGCGUGACGGUAUCAAGCACGCGGUCCUUGACGGCGAGAACCAGGCGAGUCUGCUGGUCGUGGUUGGCGCUAACACCCAUUGCCGCAAGGAACUGCCAGACGUACACGUCGAUGCCGGCGUUGACGCUGCCGGGGAACAUGUAGGGCAGGCUGGGCUCGACGCGGACAAACAAGGUCUCGAAAGUCUGAUCCCACUUCUCCCACUGCUCGGCGCUGCCGGCGUCCGUCUGCUUGAGCAGCACGGUGCGGCUGAGAAUGAGGGUAAGCAUGGAGACACCGAUGCGAGUGCGGGCAAUGAGGUCAAUGUUGAGCUUGGUGGCAAUCAAGUGCAGGAUGCCGUCCACAAUGUCAAUUCCGGUCUCGUUGAGGUACUGCAUCAGCGAGGGCAUGACGGUGGAAAUGAAGAGUUCAAUGUUCUCGCGCAUGUUGGCGUUGAGAGUGGUGCCGUCGCUAUCAACAGCAGCACCCUGCACAACGUCGAGCUGGUCGAGGUGGUACACAAUCAUGGUCAGAAUGGUGGUGCGCUGCUCGAAGCUGAGGUGGGGGAAGAUGCGAGGAAUGGCCUUCUUGCCCUUGGCGCAGGACAGGAAAGCAAUAAAGGGGUGCUGGGCAGUGGCACCAAUGGGCUCGUGAACCUUGAGCUCGUCCCAGAGCUUAGCGUUGAGGGCUUCGAGAAUGGCGCCCCAUUCACGAUGGCGCUCCUCAAGCUCCUGGUCGGCAGGGUUGGGAGGAGGAGGGAUCUGGCGGACGUGGUCCUCAAUCUUCAUGAGGGUGUCAUAGACACGCUCGACGUUGCGAAGGAUGGUUUUGCGGUCAAUGCCUGCAGCAUCCGCACCCUUCUUGCCGUUGGCGGGCUUGGGGGUCUCAGACUCGGCGCGCUUGAUGUUGAGAAGAGGCUUGGGGGUCUUGGCGUUGGAGAAGGAAAUCUUGCCCAAGCUGCCAGCAAUCACCAACUGUGGGUUCUUGGGCUUGUUCUUGGCAGCUUCAACAGCACGCUGGACCUGUUGCUCCAUGCGCUGCAUAUGGUUCUCAGCAGGGCGACCAUGGCGGCGCAUGUUGUGACGGCUACCGGUCUGGAAGAGGUAUGUCUGGGCAAAUGUGCUAAGCGGCUGGCUGGGGUUCUGGCGCUGGCCGGCGCGGAUGUGGCUGUACACCUGGUAGUAAAAGUCCUCAGCAAUGGAGGCAUCGGCACCCUGUUCAACGGGGUUGCCGGUGGCGGCAACAAGCUGCUGAAGCUGGAUUCGGGUGAUGAAGUUCUUGUCCUGCGGGGUCAUGACACCGUUAUCCUUGGAAAGGAGCCAGAUCUUGUGGUUGCGCUUGGCGCGCUUGGCCUCUUGGUCCAAAAAGGCAGCCUUUUCCUCUUCAGACAUGCCCGCCAAAUGGGGGUGAGACUGCAUCUGGGGAAGAGCCCCCAGAGAGGCUUGAGACCGGUGGUGCUGGUGACCAGGACCAGUAGGGAUGCGGUUAGGGUUCUGGAGGAUCUGGGUAGGAUGUAUCGGCUGCUGCUGCUGCUGCUGUUGCUGGAGAUGCUGCUGGGGAACCUGAUGCUGCUGUAUCUGCUGCUGAGGGCGCUGGAGGAUUUGGGUUGGCUGCUGCUGCUGCUGCUGCUGCUGCUGAUGUUGUUG